AUGCCGCGAUACAGCGUGAGCUGCACGGUACACGAAGCUGUGUUACCGCAGCAGUCGGGCGGCAACCCUGUCGACCCUCUGGUUGUAAUGCGUUGUUUUGGUUCAGAACGCAUGACAUCCGUGAAGAACAGCAAGACAACGGUAGCAUGCUGGGAUGAAAGUUUUCAUUGGUUCAAUGUAGAACUUCCGGAAUCUGCAUGGAGUGUAGGUGUCAUUGAGUUUGAGCUACAAUCUGCCAAUGCCUUUUGGCGCAACACUACCCUAGGUAUUUGCGCUUUGCAGUUGCGCCUAGUAUGCGCAACAAGUGAUGGGUGCUACGUGGGUAGAUUGCCUUUGACAUCGCCUAAUUCCGUUCGUGUAAUCGGUCAACUUUUCGUCACGGUAAAUGUAAGUGACUCGUUACAUUUUGGCGGUGGUUCAGCAACGUCCUUGGCGUCACCAACCCAGCAGCCAGAUUCGGCAACCGAAGAACGUGGGUCAAUGCAAGUACCACAUCUGUUGAGCCCUUUAGUCUACAAAAGCUCACUGAUGGACUCAACGGGUGAAGAGUACAAAUAUUACCAUUUGUAUAUUAAUGUAUAUACCUUGGAACAUGUGGAGGUUGGGUUGUUUGGUAGUACCCCGUCAGUCACGGUAGAAUACGGAGGUUGUCGUCUUCAAUCAACCAAGCCUGUUCGUCUACGUUGUGAGGGUUCUCGUCGCCCAGGCUCAGAGUCUGCUGGUGGGCUGUCGGACCUCAUAUCAGGGUUCUUCGUCGGUGCUAGCAGCAAUGACGUAGCACACCGUUCCAACUUUGAGUUCAACCAAUGCUUUCUGGUCCCGAUUCGAACAACGGUUGGGAAACCCAUAUUGGAGGAUAACAUUGUCGUUCGUAUUUGGAUGGGUCUCGAGCUUUUGGCGAGUAACCCACUGUCUGACCGCCCAGCUAUAGCCCCAAAGCUAUUAGCUGAGGGCGUAUUUUCUUUGGCUAAGUUGCGUGCGAGGCGUCAACUACCACGUUGGUUCAACUUUUAUGAGAGUACUGACAGGACUGCGUGUAGUACCAAUCAACUCAAGAACGACCAAGGAAUAAAUGCUGGUAACAAUAAAACGGGACAGGUCGUCCGGAACGGAGCGUUAAACAACGCCACAUCAAAGUAUGGCGGUCCCGGUGGACGUGGUUACGGCAGCCGCAACAAGAGAAUGGAGAGUAGCAGUAUUGUAGAUAGUAGGUCUGACGGAGAACCCGCAGACACUGGUAGAUCUAAAGCCACAUGCUAUGGCCACUACAUAGGUAGGAUACUGAUGAGUGCGAGUGUGAAACGUUUGAAUAAAGCAAGUGAUGUCUUGGUUGCACAUGUCCAAUCAUCGCACCCUCUGGAGUCUGCUGUUUCUAAUCCCACACGUUUAUUCGGCGAUAUUUACUGCAUCGAAUCGCGUGGUAGCUUUGGUUUUGAGGGUGAAUUCGAGGUUAUGGUUGAAAUAAGUUGUGGACCCUAUGAAACACGUUCUGGGUGGAUUACUGCGCAGCGUCGUGUAGGUACCGGCGAUAUAUUUGCGGAGGAGUUAGGUGUAUGGGGAACUAAUGCAUCGUCUUCAAAAUCUAAAGACUUUGUACGUUCAAGACGAGGUUGGAAGGUGACUCUUAAUACCAUCAACGGCCGUCUGGCACCUAUUGAGCUCUUGGCUUCACAUUCCCCGGAAGAGCAAUGGCUUGUUUUCGUACGUGUACAUGGUCGUGGUACUAUCUCUGGGAGACACCACAGCUGUGUGAUCGCUUCUACCAGUUUCCCUUUUGAUCGCAUUGCUGAGCAUUCUUCAAAAUCGCAAUCGACGCCUUUUUGGGUCCCUCUGUCUUGUCUUGGGUCUACAUCUACUAUUUCGUACAAUGAUGGUGAAAGUUUCAUGGACCCGCUAGCACUAAUGGAUUCUGUGGCAUCAAUGGACCCAUCGGCAAUGCUGGAUCAUGUUGUGGCUCUUGAUCCUACGGGGUGGCUUGGCACGGCUGCUAAUGAAGUCCUUGGCCGGCCAGUUUCCGCCGAUAGCAAGGGCAAACCUGUAGAUCCAAUAGAUGAUUAUGCAAAGGAACUAGCUCAUUGGUUACCUACAGGAACAAAAUCGCAAGGUAACCUGGCUGCAGACCAGUCUAUCCCAAAACGUCCGGGUAAAGACAAGAAUGGUCUGAUUUCCAUCAAUAAGGGCAAAGAUAUUAACUCCAGGGAAGAUAUGCCAAAGACCUACUCAUCUGGUACAGAUAAAUCGGGCAAACGUGCUAGAUCAGUUCGAGGCUCCAAAAGCCAAACCUCUGAUCCUGAGGAAUCCGAUCUUAUAACUGAUAUCCCUACUCCUGGUGAUAUGUGCGACCCUGGAGCGACAGUUAACAUCCUCCUCACGUUGCAUACUCACAGUUUUUAUUCGGAUCUCUCUCGUACUAAUGGGCUGGGUAACGACAUCCGUGCCACUUCUCGUCCUCAGAUGGCAUCGAUGUUGAAACAAGACUAUGAGUUACGGUGUUACAUUUAUUGUGCCCGUUUGGGUUGCGCGCCACAUCGUAAUAUGUCAGUGCUUGUGUCUUGCGAUGGUGCUUAUGGACGAACACAAAUGCAGCCUAACUUCACACGUUUCCCUGUUUUUGCCGAAUGUUGUACAUUCCGGGUUACAGUGCCAACGCUUACAUCUAGCCGUUUAGCUCCUCCUCCACCCAUUACGGUAUCUUUGUUAUUUUUCGACAAAAAGAAACGUUUGUUGCGCAUGGAGUCUGCGGUUACAAUGUACGAUCGUUUGGUUAAAUCUGCUUCAGGCCACAAUAACUCAGGCACUGCACCGUCUCCUGCUUGGCUAAAACUAUCCGGAGGUAGCUCUCUGCUAAUGUUCACUGAGCUUGUGGUGUCCUCAGAAGCUUCCAAAGUAAGCAGGUAUCAGUUAUCUCCGCUAUCUACUAAAUGCACAAUGACACUCGGUUUGAUGGGUCUGCGACAUUUGCGUGUCCCCGCUGAAUAUCCGUUGGAUGGUCUCCUUCUCAAACUGUCUACACAAUCGUACGGUCCAAGUGUACACUUUGAGCAGUCUCUGGAACGUUAUCAUCCAGUUGGUCGUUCUAGGUGGGAGCGUGGCGGUCGUCUGAACAUAGACCUAUUUACGGUACAGGAAGCAUCAUUCCACAUCCCGGUGGAUCCAUUGUUCGACCCACAUAUCGAGUUUGUCUGCUACGCCAUGUCUAAGGGAACUAUAGGCCCUUUAUUGGGUUACCAGAGCUUCAGGUGUUACCAGGAUUUCGAAUUGAACUCUAAGGACAUAUCUUCAGCGAUACAUCUAGACCUACGUCACUCGGUCAACCCAAGACGUAUGGUACAGUUGCUUUCUUCUCUGGCUAUACGUUCGUCUCAUGAUGUAUUAUCGCUGCAAGACAACGCAGAGAAUCACGCUGGCUCCCGUCUAACCGAUGGUGUAGCAUCAGUACUGACCGAAUUCCAGUCUUCAUGUGAAUACAAGCGUUUGUUACGUUCUAUGGACUUGGAACAUGUGGGUAUGCAUGUCCCACCCAGGUUUGUGAUCGCUUGUGAUGGGCGUCAAGCUGAGGACGGACCUGCUCUAGGUUCUGUUGCUGUUUCUGCAGAUGCCUUGGAUAUAGUCUUGCGAGACAUCCCAUUCUCAACAGACAAUAUUUCACCGAUGGCGCCCGUCGGUACCGGAGCUAUUCCAGGAUCUGUAGAUGCAUCUGAUGUUGUUGUUUUGAAAUACUUCUUGACAAUCCGCCAUUUGAAGGACGGUGUUGUACAUCGGUCAUAUCCUGAUGAUAUGGAGCCUGUGGCUACCAAAGCGUCUAAGAUGUUGCGAGUAUUACGUGGCGGAUUGCGUAACAGUUUGCAGAAGUUGCGGUUUUGUGUGAUAUCAGCUAAUAAUUUGGCCCCGAAUGGCGAUACACUAGGAUCUUUGUUUUUAUCGGUGGAGAUUGGUGGUUCCGAGUCCCGUGAAGCAUUGAUAUGUGACCGCGGGUCGAUCACCAAGCAAGUGCAGCGAACAUGGGAACAAGAUCUUUUCCUGCCGGAGGACAGUGUAAUUCAUCUUCGAGUUGUGAAUUCUUUUGAGCGGAUAGAUGGCAGUUUGGUGGAUGAAGUUGUAGCAUCAGCGCAGCUUGAUUUGGAGAAUCGUUGGUAUAGUCGGAGCUGGCAACGCAUGUUACGCAAGGAUGUGAUCCCUGUGGAACGUGUGCUGUUAAGAGACAGCAAUAACAAUGUACAUGGUUCACUGGAUGUUAUCGUACAGAUUGGUCCUGUGGAGCUCUUUUCAACAUUGCGACCAUUUUCAUUCUCUAAGACCAUGCACUCCAUCACCGAAGUAAGGGUAGUAGUAUGGUCCACAUCGGGUGUACACCUUCCCGCUACGCCUUCAGAUUCAAGAACCAAAGACCAACUUGACUUAUAUGUGGUUUCUACUUUGGAUUGCCAGGGUUAUCGCGGCGAUCUCCCAUUGAGCCAGCGUACAGAUACCCAUUACAAUUGUGACUCUGGUUCGGCACAAUUCAACUGGCGUAUUGUGUACCCACAGAUCCAUGCACCUGUAGGUGCUUGUCAGCUACAGCUGUCUGUAUUUGACUUUUGGAAAGUGGGUCCGCCUACCUUUGUUGGAGAGGCAACUCUGGAGCUACGACAAUAUAUAGCUGUGGUGUCAACAACUGCUACACGCAUAGACCUUUCAGGAGAUCUACCUCUAGUGAACUCUUCGAAUCCGCAGCCUGUAGGCUCUCUACGUGUGACGGUCCAGGUGAUGACACAGUCUGAGUCUACGUGCAGUCCGGCUGGUACGGGUCGUGGCCACCCCAAUUGCAAACCAUUCUUACCUACACCGCGUGUUGGACGGCAAUGGCAAGAUUGGUUCGCCCAUACCUCUUUGGGGUUCGAUUUUGGCCCCCUGUCGGUUUACGUAAGUUAA